AUGGCUAUGUUCAGCAAGUCUACAGAGAAGGAAUUACCAUCAUUUAUCUUCAUCUCAAUUUUUGUAAUUAUAAUCAUUGAAUGCAUGGUGGGAGUCAUUGCAAAUGGAUUCAUCUUGGCUAUCCAUGUUGCUAUAUGGAUUCAGAAAAAGGCAGUUUCAACCAGUGGCAGGAUUCUGGUUUUCCUGAGUGUAUCUAGAAUAGGGCUCCACAGCUUUAUGAUACUAGAAAUUAGUUUAGUCCUUACGGUCUCGUUAUCAUUUUAUAAAGAUAAGUUAUCUAAGCUAUUCCAAGUAAGUUUCGUAUUUUUACAUUACUGUGGCCUCUGGUUUCCCGCCUGUCUCAGUUUCUUCUACUUCAUGAAGAUUGCCAGUUUCUCCUCCCCACUUUUCCUCAAGCUGAAAUGGAGACUUUCUGGAUGGAUUCCCCGGCUCCUGUGGCUCUCCGUGCUUAUCUCCUUCAGCUGCAGCAUGCUUUUCUUCAAGGACACCUACACUGUGUUGAAUAAUUAUUCUCAUGUUAUCAAUAUCUACAACUACACGAAGGAACUAAAUUAUGUUAAGACCAAUGUGGUCAGCGUGGCUCUUUUCCUGGGUGUCCUCAUUCCUCUGAUCAUCUUCGUCAUGGCAGCCACCAUGCUGAUCAUCUCUCUCAAGAGACACAUCCUGCACAUGAAAAGCAGUACAACAGGCUCAAGAGACCUUAGCAUGGAAGCCCACAUGGGGGCCAUUAAAGCAACUAGCUACUUUCUCAUUCUCUACUUUUUCAAUGCACUUACUCUAUUUCUUAUUAUAUCUAAUAUCCUUAACGCUAGUUUUUUCUGGUAUAUUUUGCUCAGAAUUGUCUUGGCUGCCUUCCCAGCUGCUCACUCAGUUCUACUGAUUCAGGGCAACCCUGGGUUAAGAAGAGCUUGGAAGAAACUUCAGUCCCAAAUUCAUCUUCAACUAAGAGCAGAUUCUGAGCUAAGCAACUAA